UCUGAUUUACAUCUCCCAAUGAAAUAGCAUCCUCCUGCUCUGUUUAGGUUUCUCAUGGUAUUUACCUACAGACAGUCGGUUCACAUUGCCAAGUCUACUAUUGGUCAAUUUCAACUAAGCUUCUGUAUAAGAACAUAUCAUGGAAACGCUGAGUUAACCAAAAGAAAGCGCUGAGCAAGAAUGAAGUGUUACCUGAUCUUCUUCACUGUCUUCACUGGCUCCUGUGUGGCUCUGAACUGCCAGCAGGUGGAUGGGAAUCUGAAACAGAUUGAUGCCGGCUUGGGCCAGGUGUUUGGUGUAAAUGCAAGUAAUAAUGUCUUCACUCUCUAUGGCAAUACCUGGGUACAGCUACCAGGAGAACUGAAGCAUGUCACUGUCGGGCCUGCUGGGGUAUGGGGAGUCAACACAGACAACAACAUCUUCAAGAUGGUGGCUGGUCAGUGGGUGAAUGUUCCAGGACUGUUGGUGCAGAUCGAUGCAGGAGGAGAUGAGUUUAUUUCUGGAGUUAACAUGUUUGACAAAGUCUUCUGUAUGAACAGCCAGUAUAGCAUGGCGUACAGUAAUGCCCAGACACUCACUCAAUGGGAAAAUCUGCCUGGAGGCCUCACGUACUAUUCAUGUGGCCCCAUUGGCUGUUGGGGUGUCAAUUCUGCAAACCAGAUCUUUUUAAUGAAUAAUGUCAUACCAACUUCUUGCAUGGGCAAUCAACAGUGGCAAAACAUCCAAGGCUCCUUGGCAAUGAUUGAAGUUGGCACAGACGGCACUGUGUAUGGAGUGGAUAAUACAGGCAAAAUAUUCCGCAGGGAUGGAAUAACAAACAGCACUCCAGCUGGCACACAGUGGACUCUGGUUAACAUCUGCGGAAAUUGUAAACAUGUAUCCUAUGAUCUUGGUGUAUUAUGGAUCAUCAAAGAUGAUGGCAGCAUCAUGACCUGUAGCUAAACUACUCUGAGAAGUAUUCCCAGCUGACAUAAUACAUCUCUAAUAACAUAAAAGAUAAUGUAAGGUGAAAGCACAUUUAUCUUCAACCUGUUUUUCAA